CGUUUUCAACAGAAGCCUGUGUAUUGUAUUGUUCUGUGAAUUACGUUGCAAGAGUCGCGAUGUAUGAUCAGGACGACGAGCCAUUUCCUUACGAUUCGCAUCAGUUUUACGAUGCCGAUCAAGGAAGCGACGACAUCACUUCAGAGCUAUGGCAAGAAGCCUGCUGGAUCGUCAUCAACGCGUACUUCGAUGAGAAAGGUCUUGUUCGACAGCAACUAGAUUCGUUUGACGAGUUCAUUCAGAUGUCGGUUCAAAGAAUCGUGGAAGAUUCGCCGCAAAUUGAUCUCGUUGCUGAAGCCCAACAUUUUUCUGGAGAAAUCGAAAAUCCGCCCCAUUACUUAUUGAAGUUCGAGCAGAUUUACUUAUCCAAGCCCAUUCAUUGGGAAAACGAUGGCGCUCCCGGACCCAUGAUGCCCAACGUGGCCCGUCUGCGAAAUCUCACCUAUGCUGCCCCUCUUUAUGUUGACAUCACGAAGCAAGUGGUUGUCGAUGGAGAGGAGCCUCGUGAAACCAAACAUAACAAAACGUUCAUUGGAAAAAUCCCCAUCAUGUUGCGCUCCACGUAUUGCCUCUUGAACGGAUUAACUGAUCGUGAUUUGACGGAAUUGUGCGAGUGUCCUCUUGAUCCUGGUGGUUACUUCAUAAUCAACGGAUCCGAGAAAGUGUUGAUAGCCCAAGAAAAGAUGGCAACGAACACUGUCUACGUGUUUUCGAUGAAAGAUUCAAAGUAUGCUUUCAAGACAGAAAUUCGCUCGUGCGUGGAGAAUUCGUCUCGUCCGACUUCUACUUUGUGGGUCAAUAUGAUGGCUCGCGGUGGACAGGCGGUGAAGAAAAGUGCCAUUGGUCAACGUAUCAUAGCAAUUUUGCCGUACGUGAAACAGGAGAUCCCAAUUAUGAUUGUCUUCCGUGCUUUGGGUUUUGUGGCUGACAGAGACAUUCUGGAACACAUCAUCUACGAUUUCGAUGAUCCGGAGAUGAUGGAAAUGGUUAAGCCGUCAUUGGAUGAAGCUUUCGUUGUACAAGAGCAAAAUGUUGCUCUAAAUUUCAUCGGCGCCAGAGGUGCACGACCUGGUGUUACGAAAGAAAAGCGUAUCAAGUACGCCAGAGAAAUUUUACAGAAAGAAAUGCUUCCCCACGUCGGUGUCUCAGAUUUUUGUGAAACCAAGAAAGCCUAUUUCUUGGGCUAUAUGGUACAUCGGUUGCUGCUGGCCGCUUUGGGAAGAAGAGAACUCGAUGAUCGAGAUCAUUACGGAAACAAGCGGCUUGAUCUCGCGGGGCCGUUGCUGGCAUUUCUCUUCCGAGCACUGUUCAAGAACUUGAUUAAAGAAGUUCGCAUGUAUGCCCAGAAAUUCAUAGACAAAGGGAAGGAUUUUAACCUCGAAUUGGCGAUCAAGACCAGGAUUCUCACCGAUGGUCUCCGGUAUUCUCUGGCUACUGGGAACUGGGGCGACCAAAAGAAAGCCCAUCAGGCUCGGGCCGGUGUUUCUCAGGUGUUGAAUCGUCUAACUUUUGCCUCGACUUUGUCCCAUUUGCGUCGUGUCAAUUCUCCUAUCGGACGUGACGGAAAACUAGCCAAACCCCGACAGUUGCACAACACUUUAUGGGGUAUGAUAUGUCCUGCGGAAACACCGGAAGGUGCCGCUGUCGGCUUGGUGAAGAAUUUAGCUUUAAUGGCUUAUAUUUCUGUCGGGAGUCAGCCGUCUCCGAUUCUUGAAUUUUUGGAGGAAUGGAGUAUGGAGAAUCUGGAGGAAAUCGCGCCUUCUGCUAUUGCAGAGGCUACGAAAAUCUUUGUGAACGGAACGUGGGUGGGUAUCCAUCGCGACCCAGAGCAGUUGAUGUCCACUUUGAGGAAACUUCGGAGAACCAUGGACGUCGUUGUGUCGGAAGUGUCAAUGGUCCGCGAUAUCCGAGACCGAGAAAUUAGGAUUUACACAGAUGCGGGUCGGAUCUGUCGACCUUUGUUGAUCGUCGAGAAUGCGAAACUGUUGCUGAAGAAGAAGCACAUAGACUCGUUGAAAGAGCGGGAGUACAACAAUUUCAGUUGGCAAGACUUGGUUGCUGCUAGUGUCGUUGAGUACAUAGACACGUUGGAGGAAGAGACUGCCAUGAUUGCGAUGAACCCUGACGACGUUCGACAUCAGGAGAACGAGGACUACUGUUCCACCUACACGCAUUGUGAAAUUCAUCCCGCGAUGAUACUCGGUGUGUGUGCGUCCAUCAUUCCGUUCCCGGAUCACAAUCAAAGUCCCCGUAAUACGUAUCAGUCUGCUAUGGGGAAGCAAGCUAUGGGAGUUUACAUUACGAAUUUCCACGUACGGAUGGACACCUUGGCGCACGUGUUGUUCUAUCCCCAGAAGCCUCUCGUCACAACUCGAUCCAUGGAAUAUUUGAGGCAACUUCCUGCUGGCAUCAAUUCGAUUGUCGCCAUUGCCUGCUACACGGGAUACAACCAGGAAGAUUCUGUCAUUCUGAACGCUUCUGCUGUGGACAGAGGCUUUUUCCGGUCCAUCUUCUUCCGUUCGUAUCGUGACUCGGAAAUGAAGCGUAUCGGCGACCAAGAGGAGCAGUUUGAAAAGCCCACGAGAGACAUUGUGCAGGGAAUGAGAAACGCGUUGUAUGACAAGCUAGAAAGCGAUGGAAUUAUUGCGCCUGGCAUUCGUGUUUCUGGUGACGACGUCAUUAUCGGCAAGACCAUCACACUUCCUGAGAACGAGGACGAGUUGGAUAGUGGGGCGAAGAAGUUUGUGAAGCGAGACGCAAGUACGUUUCUGCGAGCCAGUGAAUCCGGAGUCAUUGACCAGGUCAUGCUGACCAUCAACAAUGAUGGCUAUAAAUUCUGCAAGAUCCGUGUGCGGUCUGUGCGAAUCCCCCAAAUCGGGGACAAGUUCGCGUCUCGCCACGGUCAAAAAGGAACCUGUGGAAUAACCUACAGACAGGAGGACAUGCCGUUCACUCGGGAAGGAUUGUCGCCGGACAUCAUUAUCAACCCUCACGCUAUUCCAUCUCGAAUGACAAUUGGUCACUUGAUCGAGUGUCUCCAAGGGAAAGUGUCUGCGAACAAGGGAGAAAUUGGUGACGCUACGCCUUUCAACGAUGCCGUGAACGUGCAGAAAAUUUCGAAUCUGCUCUUUGAUUACGGCUAUCAACAGCGUGGUAACGAGGUCUUGUACAACGGUUUCACUGGGCGCAAGCUCAACGCUCAGGUUUUCUUGGGUCCUACGUAUUACCAGAGAUUGAAGCAUAUGGUGGAUGACAAAAUUCAUUCCCGUGCUCGUGGGCCGGUCCAGAUUUUAGUGCGGCAGCCCAUGGAAGGUCGUGCCAGGGAUGGAGGGUUGCGGUUUGGCGAAAUGGAGAGAGAUUGUCAGAUAGCUCACGGAGCUGCGCAGUUCUUGCGUGAGAGGCUUUUCGAAGUCAGUGAUCCAUAUCGUGUGCACAUUUGCAACUUUUGCGGAUUGAUCGCAAUUGCAAACUUGCGGAACAACACGUUCGAGUGCAAGGGUUGCAAAAAUAAGACCCAGAUUUCUCAGAUCAGGCUACCAUAUGCCUGUAAGCUGUUGUUCCAAGAACUCAUGAGCAUGCUGAUCGCCCCUCGAAUUAUGGUUGAUUGAAGCCGAUGACGACUGGUCUGAUGGGCAGUGUGGCUCUUGCUUGGAUGGUGUAAUUUUUAUUUUUUCCCCUGGAGUUCGGAUUUCGGUAUCCAGAUGUUGUGCAGACUGUUUUGACGAAGUUGAAUAACAAAAAAGAGACGUUUCGUCGAUUUUGAA